AUGCUGCCGCGAGGUGCCUUUCGGGCGCUGCGCACGCGGCCUGUACUUGCUGCUCCGCGCACAGUGUCGAUAGCCUCAACAUGGCAAUGGAAUCGCACAUAUGCCAAAGUUGGAAAGCCAAAAGACAACACCUGGAAGCCGUCGGAUCCCAUAAAAUUUGCCCAGGAAAACAAGGCGCAGCCGAACCCGGUAAACUCUUCAGAGCAGCCAGAAUUUGAUACUGCAGCAUCCCCAGAGAGCAACACAACACCAUCACAGCCUUCAAGACCCAUUGAGAGCGCCACCCGGGCGUCACAAGAUGCAGGAAACAAUUUCAACACCGCAGAGCACGCCGAGAUGUCAGGGCCCAAAUCGGCUGCUGAGAACACCGAUCCCACCACCGAGAGUCCCGAGUCACAACAGCCACAAAAACCUCUACCCGAUCUGCGAUAUGGUAUUCCCUCAACAUUUGCUGAAGAGCAAGCCGAAGCUCAAGGCAAGGCAAAGAGGGACCCGAAUGACCCCAACGAAGACCCAAUACCAGGCGCUGCAGGCGGCCGUGAAGGAGGCGCGGGUGGGGAACUACCCAAAUCUGCAUACGAGACAAGUACCGACAGGCGGCGGAAUAGGGUUGCCAACUGGUCAUACCUUGGAAUGCUGCUAUUUGGCACCACUGGGGCUGUCUUCAUGGGAAGGAACUGGGAGAGUGAGGAAGAGGAAUCAGCACAUCCAGAUGCUCCAAAUGGGUGGACAGUGGGCCGCAUGUAUGCCCGCGCAGCCGCUCGCAUCAAUGGACAAAAGGCCUACUACACUGAGCCCACCUUCCAAAAACUGCUACCAGACAAGGACAAAAUUCCUGGAGGGGCUCCUGAACUGACGCUUGUCCUAAGUUUGGAAGAUCUGCUACUACACUCGGAAUGGACUACCAAGCACGGCUACCGAUUAGCAAAGCGACCUGGCCUUGACUACUUCCUGCGCUACCUCAGCUCACAGUACGAGCUUGUCAUCUUCACCUCCGUAAAGUCCAUGGACGCCGACCCUAUUAUCCGCAAACUCGAUCCCUUCCGCCUCGUCAUGUGGCCUCUGUUCCGCGAGGCGACACGCUUCGAGAAGGGCGAGUACAUCAAGGAUCUCUCUUAUCUCAAUCGCGACCUCUCAAAAGUUAUCAUUAUCGACACCGACCCAUCGCACGUCAAGCUCCAGCCGGAGAACGCCAUUGUCUUACCCAAAUGGAAAGGCGACCCCAACGACAAGGGCCUUAUCGCCAUGAUUCCUUUCCUUGAGUAUCUCGCCAUGAUGAGCCAGACCGGCACGCCCAUUGAUGUCCGCACUGUUCUAAAGUCCAUGGAGGGCAAAGACAUUCCCGCUGAAUACGCGCGCCGAGAAGCCAAACUCCGGGAGCAAUUCCAGCGCGAUCUCGCUGAGCAAAAGAAGAAGAGCAGAGGCAGCGCAGGCGGCAUGUUCAUGAAGAGUCUGGGUCUCGACACCGCCAAGCAAGGCAUGGUCCUCGGCGACCAGAACGUCUCGCAGGGCAUGAACGAGGGCAAGAUGAUGAUUGACAUGUACCGCGAAUUCAACAAGCAAAACUACAUCCAUCUAGACAAGCAAAUCCGGGAAAAUGGUGAGCAAUGGCUCAAGGAAAUGGCUGAGGAGGAGAAGAAGAUGCAGGAAGCCCAGCUCAAGGAUAUGAAGGCGGGUGCAUUUGGCUGGUUAGGCGGCGCCGCACCGCAAUCUGCUACCGUCCCCUCUGCAGCCUCUGCACAGGAAGCUGCUGCUAGUCAUCAGGCAGGCGCACAGCCAACUCAGACCAAAUAA